AUGCCACAGCAGCAGCAGCGAUCGGCGUUCGCGAUUCAGGAGCUGCUGGGUCUAGAUGGUACCGGAAAUAGGAGUGGUACUGAUCGCGGCUCCCCGCAGGGCUCGCCACCCGCCGGAGUUUCGGCCGUUUCCUACGCUCCGACUGCACCUCAUCACUCGAAAUUAUGGGAAUACAUGCCCAGCCUAAAUCAUUUAGGCAAUUUGGGGAAUCUGGGAAAUUUGGGGAAUCUGGGCAAUCUUACGGCCUCAAGGAUGGCCUAUCUGAAUGCGCAGGCGGCUGUGGCAGCCGCCUUUCUACCGCCACCCCACCCCCACCCAGCCCACCAUGUAACACACCAUCAGGUACAUCAAUCAGGCCAACUUCCGGCUUCACCACCCGGCGUUAACCUGCAUCCUGCGGCACACGCGCAGCACGUACUUCCUGGUACAGCUGUUACUACGAAUCAUCAUCAACAUAGCCCGACACAGCAUACGCCGCCUCAUGGAUUUUCGCAAUCAAAAGGGUCAUUCUCCAAUACAAGUCCAGGUGUUGGACAUAAUAUAGAAUCAGGAAAGGAUUUCACGGUAGAUGGACUCUCAGGUUUUAGUAAAAAAAAGAAGAAGAAACGCCGUCAUAGCUCCAGGACGAUCUUCACGUCACAGCAGCUGGAGGCGCUGGAGGCAGCUUUCAAGGAAGCCCAUUAUCCUGACGUCUAUGCCCGCGAGAUGCUAAGCCUAAGGACUGAUCUACCUGAAGAUAGGAUACAGGUUUGGUUUCAAAAUCGGAGAGCAAAAUGGCGCAAGACAGAGAAGUGUUGGGGCAGAAGUACCAUAAUGGCAGAAUACGGUUUAUAUGGAGCGAUGGUACGACAUUCUUUACCACUUCCGGAAACGAUUUUAAGAAGUGCCAAGGAAAAUGAAUCCGUUGCACCGUGGUUGUUAGCUCAAUCAUCUAAGACAAGCAGCUUUAACCAAGAUUUCGAAUAUAAUCAAGAACUGAUUGACUGUGGACCUGUAGGGAUGCAUCGGAAAUCGCUCGAGGCAGCAGAGCAUCUCAAAUCUGGCGGAGAGGACAGUGGCAAUGAUCAAAACGGAAGCGGAAGCAGUCCCCACCAUAAUCAUCAUCAAGGAGGACCAACCAGUUCGGAGAGUGGACAGGAGAGCCAGGAUGGUAUGGGACCUUCGUCAUCUACGAGUGUUGUGCAGGAUACGGAACAACUCAGAAACGAAAGUAUUGCCUGCUUAAGAGCGAAAGCACAGCAGCAUCAAUUGCAAUUGAGUCUGCAACCAACAUCGACGCCUCCAAGUGGGUCGUAUCCGUCGGCACAACAAUCCAGCACGCUACACACUUCUGUUUAA